GGAAACAGUUCAGAGAAAAACUCAUUGAGUAAACGCCCUGAGGAUGAACUCUGACCCCUGCCUUCGUCUCCGACUGAAAUCAAACUAACACUGAACAAGGAGAACAGAGAGAGAACUGAGCAACUAGACACUGAAACACAGACUGCUGCAGGAGGAAAAACAAGCAAAUCAAAGUGAAACUUCACUCUGAGACAAAAUGGCUUCCAGAUCAGACGAUGAUCUCUGCUGUCCGGUCUGUCUGGAAAUAUUUAAGGAUCCGGUUAUUCUGUCAUGUAGUCACAGCUUCUGUAAGGAGUGUCUGAAGAAAUGUUGGAGAGAGAAACCAGGAAGAGAGUGUCCAGUUUGUAAAAGGAGAUCUUCUAAAAGUGAUCCUCCCUGUAAUCUGGCUCUGAAGAAUCUGUGUGAGUCUUUCUUACAGCAGAGAGAGCAGAGAGCUUCAGAGGAUCUCUGCAGUCUGCACUCUGAGAAACUCAAACUCUUCUGUCUGGACCAUCAGCAGCCAGUGUGUCUCGUCUGCAGAGAUUCAGAAAAACACACCAAUCACAGAUUCAGACCCAUUGAUGAAACCGCUCAGCAACACAAGAAGAACCUUCAGGAAACUCUGGAGCCUCUAAAGAAGAAGCUGGAGCUCAGGAAGAAAGUUCAGGAGGAGUUUGAUCAGACAGCAGAACACCUGAAGGUCCAGGCCCGACACACAGAGAGGCAGAUUAUGGAGCAGUUUAAGCAGCUUCAUCAGUUUCUAGCAGAGGAAGAGGAGGCCAGGCUGGCUGCACUGAGGGAGGAAGAGGAGCAGAAGAGAGGGAUGAUGAAGGAGAAGAUGGAGGCUCUGAGCAGAGAGAUAGCAGCUCUUUCAGACACAGUCAGAGCCACAGAGGAGGAGCUGAGAGCUGAAGACGUCUCAUUCCUGCACAACUACAAGGCUGCAGUGGAAAGAGUCCAGCGCUGCCCCCUGCUGGAGGAUCCACAGCUGCCCUCAGGAGCUCUGAUAGACCAGGCCAAACAUCUGGGCAACCUGGCCUUCAACAUCUGGAGCAACAUGGAGACCAUGGUGACCUACACUCCUCUGGUUCUGGACCCAAACACGGCUGGUCCAAGACUCUAUCUGUCUGAAGAUCUGACCAGCAUUAGAGUAGGAGAGAAACAGAAACUUCCUGAUAAUCCAGAGAGAUUUGAUUUUUACUGGCGGUCUGUUCUGAGUUCUGAUGGUUUUAACUCAGGGAACCACAGCUGGGAUGUUGAUGUUGGAGACAGUAAAGUCUGGAGACUUGGUGUGUUAGAAGAGUCUGUUCAGAGGAAGGGAUACAUAAAGUCUGGAUGGUUGUUUAUAUUUUUCUCUUCAGGUAAUUACUCAGCAUAUUCUCCUCCAGCUCCUUCCACUCGUCUCUCAGUCCAGAAGAAUCUCCAGAGGAUCAGAGUGAAUCUGGACUGGGACAGAGGAAAGCUGUCCUUCUCUGAUCUGGAUACUAACACACACAUACACACCUUCACACACACCUUCACUCACAAGAUGUUUCCAUUCUUCGGCACUCAUAAAACAUUAAAUAUCGUACCGAUGAAGAUCUCAGUGAUCAAGCAGCAGCUCUGAUGAUCUCAGCAUGAAGAACACAAAGUCCAAAUAAAAACUUAUUGAUCAGAUUGAAACUGUGAGUUUUAAAGAGGAAACUGGAGACGAUCUGAUCAUCUGGAGAUUCUUCAUCUCUGACUUUCCAACUAUUGUUUCCAUUAUAGCAGAAAUUAAUGUCAACAUGUUUAAUUGAAUGCAGUCUAUUUGUAGCUGCUUAGUGAUAAAACUGAACUACUGAAUGAAUCUGAAAUCACCUUUUCAGUUACUUCUAAGUUUUUAUUUGUGUUGCUUUGACUAUUUCCCUGAUCGAUGCUGUUUAUACUUUCUAUCAUCACUUUUAUUAUUCAGUAAAUACCAGAAAAUACUGUGAUAAUAAUCUAAGUCCAUGUUGUCCAUCGUUAAUAACAGGAGGUUUUAAUCUGGUCUACAGACUUUCUGUUCAGUUCAGUUCCAAAGACUUUGGUUCAUCAGAGCUUCAUAAUUAAGAGAUUAUCAUCCAGUUUGUUACUGUAAAGAUUUCAGAACAAUGAUAAACUCUACAUGAUGUUUGUGAAGCACCAAAAACUGAAUAUUGUUGCAGGAGGGCAGCGUUAAUCUUUCAUUUCUGAUUCUUUAGUCUGAGUUUAGUUUUAGUUUUGAAACAAAACAGAGGAAGAAGUUUUAUUCAUUUCAUCUCUGUAUAAUUUGUUUUACAUUUUUAAGGAGAUAAUGGAUGAAAUAACUGCAGAACUGUAAUAAAUGUUAUUUCCAUUCAUUUCUUCUCUGAGGUUUUAUUUUGGUUUCCAUUUACAGAACUUACUGUCAUUUUUAGAGUCUCAGUUUGGAG